ACGGAAGUUGAACCACAUUCUCCCUCUCAACAAAUUGCAAACCCUUACAACCCGGGGGACGAAAAAUGGUGUGCAUGGAACAUGGGUGGAAACGUUGCCCGAUUUGAUGUUCUCCCUGGAGUCGGUUGGGAUAAUCUUCAAAAUAGAGUUAGCGGGAUGCUUGUACAUCAUAACUUCGUUAAGUGUCGAACCACGGAUGAUGGAAAGUACCUUAUUCCAGACAGUGUAUUUACUGUUCCCAUUAAAUCCAGUCAACUAGAGAUCUUUGGAGAAAUGUUCCAGCACUGGAAUAACUACACCGCCACUACAUCAACUACAAUCAACGUGCAAGCUGGACUUCAGUUAGAGAAAUUUGGUAUUAAUGGAAAAUUUUCUCAUGAAUCAAAGAAUGUGCGUAAGAAUCAAAUUAUGGACAAAUCGGCUACUACGCGUGUGCAAGCGCGGUAUACUCGGUACUCUGCUAAAUUACAACCCGACACUCCACUGAACCCAGCCUUUAAAAACCACCUCAAAAACAUUGCAUAUUACAUACAGACGAAUAAAACUAAUAUGGCCCGAUACGAGAGCCAGUUGCUUGUAAGAGACUUCGGUACUCACAUCAUUUCGAGCAUAGAUGCAGGGGCAGUCAUCGCACAGAUGGACGAGGUCGAGUCCACACUUAGUAAGAAUGGCAACAUGGACAGUCGGCAGAUCGUGGCUGCUGCAAGUGCCUCUUUCUUAAAUAAAUUUAUUGUUAACUCAGAGUACAAACAAAGUACGUCUAAGGAAGUUAUCGACCAAUAUGUAAGCCAUCGAACGCACUCAAGGAUAGAAACUUUCGGCGGGCCUGUGUUUCAUCCCAACAACUUUACUGUCAGUCAGUGGGCCGCUGAACUUGGUUUGAACUUAGUUUCUGUGGAUAAAUCAGGUUUCCCAAUAUAUCACCUGAUCUCGACGCAAACCCUUCCUGACCUACCACCGUCCAUCAUCUACCCUCUCGUUAAAACUGUAAAGGAGGCAGUCGAGGAAUACUAUAAAUUUAAUAUUUAUAGGGGCUGUAUCAAUAUGGACUCACCAAAUUUCAACUUCAUUGCUAACGUUGAUGACGGCACGUGUGAAAAUGCGAUGACAAACUACACGUUUGGAGGAGUGUUCCAGGAAUGUAACUCCUAUGAAAGCGUAUUCAGUGGACUAUCCCAGAAAAAUCCUCUUACUGGUGGCUACUCCUGUCCAAGUGGGUAUGAACCUGUUCUGCUCACAAGGGGCAGGAAAUGUAGCUAUGUAAUUAUAAAUAAACAUCGUGAUUGCGGUUUUCUUAAGUUAUUUGAUUGCUGGGAUGAUACUUCAGUAAAAGUAUGUGCAAACUAUCAAGCAUACUGGUGUUUUGCACGGGGGCAUGCUAAACAGCAAUCCGGAUUCCAGUUUGGUGGAAUUUAUACCAGCUCUGUUGAUAAUCCACUUACCCAGUCUGAUACUUGCCCACCCUACUUUUACCCCUUAAAUCUUGGUGAAGAUAUGAAAAUAUGUGUUAGUGAUGAUUAUGAGCUUGGAUUUCGUUACUCUGUACCUUUUGCUGGACUGUUCAGUUGUAGGGCUGGAAAUCCUUUAAAUUUGAAUCAAGAAGCCUUUUCUAAAAAUAGAGAGCCUUUCCCGCUGUUUUCCUAUUUGAAAUCUUCCAGUCCACAAUUCUGGCCACGGGGAUGUCCAAGGGGAUAUAGCAUGCAGUUGGCCAAUAUUGAAAAUUCUUGUGAAAUCAACUAUUGCUUAAAAGCACAUAGUUUCGUCAAGAAAGGACUUCCACCUUUGAGACGACCCCCAUUUAUGGAACUUCCUGGAGACGCGUAUGGGAUUUCAGGUGGGACAAAUAGGACCCGCCAAGUCUUGAAGGAAAAUGAAAGUCAAAUAGAUGACGAUUCAGGGAAAACAAAACUUGUAGGAAUCGUUAUUGGUGUUUUAACAGCAAUUAUUACAAUUACCGUAGUCAUUGCAAUGUUAGUAAGGCGUAGGAGAUCUAGACGCAGGAGUCAAAUGCCGAAAAACCCAAAUCAAGAAGAACGCGACGGAACACGUGGUCAAUCGAAAGACACGCCCCAAAGUGUAUGA